GUGGGCGCAUCGCUGCUCGACUGCAACGAUUCGAAUACAUCCUCCAGGACGGUCCUGUUAUGCUCCAGGCACGAGCACAUCCGGAGCUUUGAGCGGCAGGUUUCAGGGACGAUCAUGUCUGCCGCGCAGACAUAUGAAUUGCUCCCUCCCCGGGAUCGCCUCUUGCCGGGCGCCUCUGUCCCCCCUGCCAGCAACGGUGAACAGCCGGCAUGGGCCUCGCGUCCAGCCAAGUUGCGGAGGUGGCAUGUUGGCAGCUUGCUGCUGGACUUGUCGUGCAUGAUAAUACCGAUUCCCUUCUAUGUCCUCAUCUAUUACUGCGCUGCCAGCCGCGGACGACCGGUGGAUGAAGCGCAUUUGCACCGGAUGACGGAAGGGCUGAAAACCUCUGCGACUAUCUUCCCGUUGGUCUUUUCGGUCGUGGUGGGAAGAAUGACCAAAAUAGCAGCCGAAUGGAGGCUGGAACGAGGCAGCUCGGUGCUCUUGUUGGAAGAACUGAAUCACAGCUCAACUCUGCUGAAAACGGUCUUGACGCAAGUGAGACUGCGUAUGCUCAGCAUAUGCGGUCUGCUGCUCAUUCUCAUAUGGGCUUUCUCGCCGGUGGGUGGCCAGUCUCCUCUGAACAUCCUUUCCACGACGACUACUCUCACCGCGUCAAAGCAGCCAUUGCAGUACGCAUACCUGACCCCGGGCGUCGCAUUCAGUGGCACUGCUAGCUCAGACACGUAUGGCGGAUUUGUCGAGAGUCUUUAUGUUACCAGUCUUCUUGCCGCGCCUACCACUGUCCAGAACUCCAUGGAUAACUUCAACAACCUGAGACUGCCGACACUCAAGGGGCUGAGGAAUCAGGCAAAUUCGACUGGAUGGGUCACCAUUCCUCAGACAAGGAAUGUAACCUACUCCUCGCUCAUUGGGGUACCGAUUACGGGGAUCAAUGUCCUCGGCAACACAAGCUUCCUGAUGGACGGGUCUUAUUAUGAUCUCACGUUCAACGGCAGCUCCGGGGGAGAUCUGGUUCUGAACGGCUCCGGUAUUUCGGUUAAUAUAACCAUGAACGAUGUCUUCACCAAAUUUGGGGUCAUACUCAGCGCAGCAGGUAGAUCCGCCCAGAUGUCUUUUACAUGGGACCAAGUCAACGUCCAGUGCCAGGUGGUAUGCACAGUCAUCAUCCCAUAUGGGAAUCAGCAUUCGUGCACCGUGAAAGCAAUGCGUCAGUUAAACGUUACCUCUCCAUUGGUACCUGAUUUUAUGAUCGCGUCAAACAUUGAAACGCGCUGGAACUCGCUGCUGUCGGGUCAGAACUUUUCUCUCUCGGAAGCAUUCCUUCGCCAUCCACAGGCGCCGCUGCAGGCAAAUCUGUCGGAUCCUUCAACGGCUUCUCCGUCCGUGGACGACCUGACCAUCCGGCUAUCGCAGCUGCUCAACACCUAUUUGUACGGCGGGGCUGAUCCCUUAGCGAUGCUGUCCGGGGUUCCGUCACCGGCAACCGUCAUGAAUGCCACGGGCACUUGCGUCUCUGUCCAUCAAAGAGUAUACGCGGUGGACUCGGCAUGGUUGGGUGUUUUUGCAGUGGCGAACACCAUUUUCCUUCUCUGUGGACUUACCACCGCCGUGCUGGAUUCAUUCCGGCUGAAUCCGGACAUAUUGGGCUACGUCUCCUCGAUGUUGCGAUGGCCGUCGCUGUCCCUGGACAUGCCAGCCGUGAGUAGCACUCUGGGAGGGGAAGAGAAAACAAUGCUUAUCAAGGACACGGUGGUUCGUCUUGGUGAUGUGCAAGGUGAUAUGCCACUGGGUCGAUUAGCAAUCGGAACCCUGGACAAGGUGCAACGUAUACGUCCAGGUAGAUCAUACGAGUAAAGUAAUGUCACGAAGUAACGAGUGAAUGGCGGACACUGAAGAGGGCUUGUAUUAGCUAGGAGCU